AUUUUUUUUUUCUUCUCAAGAACUCGCACGACAUUGGCUUUGAGGAGUCGGUUGUGUUUAGGAAUGUCAGCUGACAACAACAGCGGAGAUCGACUCCACCAGUUCAAAAACAAAGGGAAGGAUGCCGGAGAGCUGAGGCGCCGGAGAGCGGAGUUUAACGUCGAGCUGAGAAAAGCAAAGAAAGAUGAUCAGAUUCUGAAGAGGAGAACCGUUGAAAACUUCCUGGACGAGCCCACAUCACCUCUGCAAGACAAAGAUGCUAUGGCACCGCAGCCUCACUUCUCGUUGGAGGAAAUUACAGAAGGUGUGUACAGUCCAGAUCUAGAUAAUCAACUGAAGGCAACACAGGCAGCCAGAAAGCUGCUCUCGAGGGAAAAGCAGCCACCGAUUGACAGCAUAAUUGCUGCUGGCCUCAUCCCACAGCUUGUUAGUUUUUUGGCGGUGUUUGAAUUCCCUCCCAUCCAGUUUGAGGCAGCUUGGGCCCUCACUAACAUCGCUUCUGGCACCUCAGAGCAGACGAAUGCUGUUGUAGAGGGAGGAGGCGUUCCAGCCUUCAUCAGACUGGUGGAAUCACCUCACCUGCACAUCAACGAGCAGGCCAUUUGGGCCCUGGGUAACAUUGCAGGUGAUGGACCCAACUUUAGAGACUUGGUAAUCAAACACGGUGGCCUUCUGCCUCUUUUAACUUUGGUGAAAUCCCCCUCUCUGCCUCUACUUCCUCCUAACUUUGUGCGCAAUGUGACCUGGACACUGUCCAACCUGUGUCGACAUAAGAAUCCUCCCCCUCCCUUGGUGGCAGUGGAGCAGCUGCUUCCUGCCUUGGCGCACCUCCUGCAUCACGGUGACAAGGAGGUUCUGGCCGAUACCUGCUGGGCCCUGUCUUAUUUGACUGACGGCUCCAAUGAGAGGAUAGAGUUGGUGGUGCAAUCUGGCCUGGUUCCUCAACUUGUUCAUCUCCUGGCCUGUGGGGAGCUUUCCAUUGUGACUCCUGUUCUGAGGUCAGUUGGCAACAUAGUGACUGGAACAGAUGAGCAGACCCAGUGUGUGCUCAGUGCAGGUGGCCUGGCAAUGCUCCCUGCUCUGCUGCGCCACCACAAGUCCAACAUCCAGAAAGAAGCUGCCUGGACGGUGUCCAAUAUUACAGCUGGCAAAGACAGCCAGAUUCAGGAAGUAAUUGAUGCAGGCCUGAUACCCAUCCUGGUGGAGCUCCUUCAACAGGGAGAUUACAAGACCCAGAAGGAAGCAGUGUGGGCCGUCACCAAUUAUACCAGUGGUGGAUCAGUGGAACAAAUGGCUUACCUCGUCCACUGCAAAGUGCUGGAGCCUCUGCUCAAUCUACUGACAGUCAAAGACAGCAAGAUGAUACUGGUCAUCCUGGAUGCAAUUUGCAAUAUUUUACAGAUGUCACAAAAAACUGGUGAGGUUGAGAAACUGUGCCUAAUGAUUGAGGAGUUGAAUGGUUUGGACAAGAUUGAAGCACUACAGUCCCAUGAAAAUGAAGCGGUCUACAAGUCCUCUCUCAACAUUAUCGACAGAUUCUUUUCUGAAAAGGAUGAAGAUGAUGAGUUUGUUCUUCCUGAAGCUAGUGCAGACAGUUAUGCCUUCCAUAUCCCUGAAGACCAAAGCACUUUCCACUUUUAAGUUGUUUACGUUUCUAUUUGACAAGAAAUAAA